AAGCUGCGGGCUCAGCUCGGCCGCUGGACGGCGAGGGAGCGGCAAGGGUCACGCCGGAAGGUGCCUCCGCUCCGCACGCAGCUCCCACCGCGAAGGCGAGAUGGAGGAGUGAUGUAAAGGAAGAAGUAGCAUUGUGUUUAUGGAACACAUCAGGAAAGUACAUCUCGUGGAUGAAGUUGAUAUUUGCAAGCCAGAGAUGCUCCAGAGGAAUGCUAUUUUGGUGGAUGGGGUAAUCCUAAAUGGUCCAAUAAUGGACUCAAGAGCAGGAGAGAAGUUUGUGGAAGAAGCCUGUAAGAUUAUAAUGGAAGAAGUCAUCCAGAAAGCUGAUGAUGUAACUGAAAAGGUUUGUGAAUGGCAAGACCCUGAAACACUGAAGCAGAUACUUGAUCUGGAAAUGAGGGACACUGGAGAAUCUCAUCAGAAACUCUUGCAGCUCUGCCGGGAUGUUAUACAGUACAGCGUCAAAACCAGUCACCCAAGAUUUUUCAAUCAGCUGUAUGCUGGAAUAGAUUAUUACUCAUUAGUGGCUCGUUUCAUUACAGAAGCACUGAACCCAAGUGUAUAUACAUAUGAAGUGUCCCCUGUGUUUCUGUUGGUGGAAGAAGCAGUCAUCAAGAAAAUGAUUGAGUUCAUAGGCUGGGAAGAAGGUGAUGGUAUAUUUAAUCCAGGUGGCUCUGUUUCUAAUAUGUAUGCUAUGAACUUAGCAAGAUACAAAUUUUGUCCUGAGAUAAAGGAAAAAGGGCUUUCAGGUUUGCCAAGACUAGUCCUGUUCACAUCAGAAGAGUGUCAUUACUCCAUGAAAAAGGCAGCCUCCUUCAUGGGUAUUGGCACAGAGAACGUUUACUUCAUCAAAACAGAUGAAAGAGGUAAGAUGAUACCUGAGGAACUGGAGAAACAAGUCCAGCGGUCCAGGAAAGAGGGGUCAGCACCAUUUCUUGUCUGUGCUACAGCAGGUACAACAGUGCUGGGAGCAUUUGAUCCUCUGGAUAAAAUUGCUGAUAUCUGUGAAAAGCAUGGCCUCUGGCUUCAUGUUGACGCUUCUUGGGGUGGCUCGGCUUUGAUAUCAAGGAAGCAUUGCAGACUUCUUCAUGGCAUUCACAGGGCAGAUUCUGUUGCCUGGAAUCCCCACAAAAUGCUGUUGGCAGGAAUCCAGUGCUGUGCUCUUCUGGUGAAAGACAACUGUGGCCUGCUGAAGAAGUGUUACUCUGCCGAGGCCGCCUACCUGUUCCAAAAGGACAAGUUCUACGAUGUCAGCUAUGACACUGGUGACAAGUCCAUUCAGUGCAGCAGACGUCCAGAUGCGUUCAAAUUCUGGCUGAUGUGGAAAGCAUUGGGAACCACAGGCCUCGAGGAGAGAGUAAACAGAGCACUGGCUUUGGCUAGGUAUCUAGUUGAGGAAAUUAAGAAAAGAGAGGGAUUCGAGCUUCUUUUGGAGCCUGAGUAUGCAAACGUUUGCUUUUGGUACAUUCCACCGAGCUUAAGAAAAAUGGAAGAUGGACCUGAGUUUUGGCAGAAGCUACACCAGGUUGCUCCUAUAAUUAAAGAAAGGAUGAUGAAGAAGGGCAGCAUGAUGCUUGGGUACCAGCCUCACCAGGGCAAAGUCAACUUCUUCCGUCAAGUGGUGAUCAGCCCGCAAGUUAGUCGAGAGGACAUGGACUUCCUCCUGGAUGAAAUUGAACUGCUUGCUAAGGACUUGUAGCUGUAGCUCCACAGCACCAGAUGCUGCUCACAUGUAUUAUUUAUGGGGAGAGAAUGGCAGCAGCAUUCUGGUACUAUUUUGUGAAAAGUAGUGAAAAAAUUGACGUAUAUUUUGGAAACUAUAAUUUUACACAGUGAUGUUGAGAGCUUCGCAGGUAGAACACCCCCUCCCAGGAAAGUAUUUACUGAUGGGGGCUUAAAGUGGCUGGAACAGGCUGGUCCUUGCAGCACCCCUGCUGCCAUUCUGGGAAGUGUUUCCUCAGGAAGGGAGCACUUCUGAAAAUUGCAUCUAUGUCCCAGAGAGGGGAGCUAUUUAUGGGGUGCCUAUUCACAGUCUAGCUCAAACUGAUCACUCAUGUACACGAGCAGUCCUCCUCUGAAGUAACGGUUAGGAGUGGAUUUAGCUCAGGUCUGGUUGGUAAUCACACUGAUAAGGCUUGAAAUUGUGGACUUAUAGGAGGAGUACAAGGGCUCUAACUAGAUGGCUUGCUGAGAUUUUCUGUUGUGAGCACAGGCAGACAGUAGAAUAGGACUUGGUGGGGUUGUGCAGUCGCCAUCACAGGAUGUCGGCAGGGUCCCCCUGCACGAAGCCCUAGGCAACCAAUGUUGACCCUGCUUUGAAGAGGCUGAACUAGAUGACCUAUUAAGGUCCCUUCCAACCUACAGGAUUUUGUGAUUCUAUGAAAUGCAGUCAUUAGGCCCAGUCAGUGUUUGCAGUGUUUCCCAACCAAAAUAUCACCCCCACUUUAGCAGAGCUGUGAACACUGGAAUAGCACUUAGAAAUUCUUGAUCUUUUUGUUAACAAGAGUUACCUAUCAUUUCUGAACUGCUAUUCACUUUCCUCUAUUUUAAAGUGUAAAGAUUUAUAUUGCAGCUUUUAGAUACACUUUAAAAUUAUAACAGAGAAAAUAAUAUUUACCUGAAAGAUACAUUUUUUAUGCAUGUUGACUAUAUAUUAAGAACAUAGCAGAAUUACUUCCUUCUCAUUGUCUGUUUGCAUUUUCCUACAGAUUUGGGAUGACUUGAUCUUAUGUUAUCAGUGUAUGAUUUAUACUUUGACAAUGAAAUUAACAUGUUGAUGAUCAGAGAAGGCCUGUAAUUUUAUAGUAUGAAUAGCUUGAACAUGGUUUGGUUAAUCCUAAAUUGCAAAAUUAAGUUCUAAACUUCAUGUUAAGAAUUACAGCAUACUUUGGAUCUGGUUUUAUUCUAUAAAAAGUUCCAUUUUAUAAAGAUAGAAAUUUAUUUCUUGGGGUGAAGUUCUUGCAGCAAAAUAAUGGAAAUAAUCAUGUCUCGCACCUUGCAAUCAACACCUAUUUAACUUUAAUGAUUUGGUAUUUGUUUCUUAUUCUGUAUCUGGGGUAGCACUGACCAAUAUGAACCUUUCUACUAUGAUGUCUUCUAUUCUGCUGAAAGAUGCCUUUAAAUGCAA